GGCCAUAGUGAGUGCAAAUAAAGAUGUCCGAUAGUGUUGAUAUUGAAGAAAAGCCACCUGCCCCCCCUUUAAGAAUGAACAGUAGUUCCCGUGACCCUUCCUCAGUACACAGUUCAAAACCACUUCCAAUGGCUCCAGAGGAGAAGAACAAGAAAGCCCGUCUCAGGUCCAUCUUUCCCGGGGGAGACAAAACCAAUAAAAAGAAAGAGAAAGAGCGUCCAGAGAUAUCCCUGCCGUCUGAUUUUGAGCACACCAUCCAUGUAGGCUUUGAUGCAGUAACGGGGGAAUUCACUGGUAUUCCAGAGCAAUGGGCUCGGUUAUUGCAAACCUCUAAUAUUACUAAGCUGGAACAGAAGAAAAACCCUCAGGCUGUAAUAGAUGUUCUCAAGUUCUACGACUCCAAAGAGACAGUCAACAACCAGAAAUACAUGAGCUUCACAUCAGGAGAUAAAUCCUCUCAUGCAGCCAAUACUCUGAAUCGCCUCCUGUCUUCCGGGCCACCUGUCAGCCUUAGAACCUGCAGCGCGUUAUUUGACAAGCAAGGGGCUAAGACGACUUCUGAACCUCCUAUUGCACCUCCGGUGUCUGAAGAAGAAGAUGAGGAAGAGGAGGACGAAGAGGAAGAAGAAGAUGAAGACAAUGAUGAUGAGGCUCCACCCAUCAUUGCCCCACGACCUGAGCACACCAAAUCUAUCUUCACUCGCUCUGUUAUUGAGCCAGCUGCACCUCCUGCUUCUGUCAAAGAGGACAUGACCCCUCCAGAGUCUCAAGUACAGCCAGAGAACACGUCCAGUACGCUAUACCGUCACACUGACCGACAGAGGAAGAAAUCCAAGAUGACAGAUGAGGAAAUACUGGAAAAACUCAGAAGCAUUGUUAGCGUUGGCGAUCCUAAGAAGAAAUACACACGUUUUGAGAAAAUAGGACAAGGGGCAUCUGGGACAGUAUACACCGCUAUCGAUAUUGCCACAGGACAAGAGGUGGCAAUCAAACAGAUGAAUCUGCAGCAGCAGCCAAAGAAAGAGCUCAUUAUUAAUGAGAUCCUUGUGAUGAGGGAAAACAAAAACCCCAAUAUAGUCAACUACUUGGAUAGUUAUCUAGUAGGAGAUGAGUUGUGGGUGGUGAUGGAAUAUUUGGCAGGUGGUUCACUUACUGAUGUGGUAACCGAGACAUGCAUGGAUGAGGGACAGAUUGCUGCAGUGUGUAGAGAGUGUCUACAGGCUCUGGAUUUCCUCCAUUCUAAUCAGGUGAUUCAUAGAGAUAUCAAGAGUGAUAACAUUCUGCUGGGCAUGGAUGGUUCAGUGAAACUGACGGAUUUUGGGUUCUGUGCUCAGAUCACACCUGAGCAGAACAAGCGUAGCACCAUGGUGGGCACACCCUACUGGAUGGCCCCAGAAGUCGUAACCCGGAAAGCCUAUGGCCCCAAAGUAGACAUCUGGUCCCUGGGUAUCAUGGCGAUUGAAAUGGUGGAGGGAGAGCCACCAUAUCUGAAUGAGAACCCACUGAGGGCCCUAUAUUUAAUUGCAACAAACGGCACUCCAGAGCUACAAAAUCCUGAGCGGCUAUCCUCAGUGUUUCGAGAUUUCCUGAACCACUGUCUGGAGAUGGAUGUAGACCGAAGAGGGUCAGCUAAGGACUUGUUGCAGCACUCGUUCCUGAAGCUUGCCAAGCCCCUUUCCAGCUUGACUCCGCUGAUUGUAGCUGCCAAGGAAGCCAUCAAGAAUAGCAGCCGUUAAGAUUUUCCGCCUACCCACACACACAAGCAUACACAUUCACACAGACACACACACACAGAGUGCAAGUACAGUGUGUUUACGUGUGAUAGCACAAUUACACAAUAUCUGAAUCUGGACACAAACACUAACACAAGCACACGCUUGCACAUGCACUUGCCCUUAUAAGGGUGAUUGACAGCUGUUCAAGGCCUUUGGGAUGGGAUUGGCCCUGGUCCCUGCACUCAAACACGUUGUGAUGUAUGGAACUGCCACACCAGUCCAUCAGUGUGUGUCCACCUCUACACAUCUGGAAAGGGGAUAGAAAAACUGAAAAACAACUCCUGUGUUCCUUCUCUCUGGAAUCAAAGAUGAUGUGUAUUACAGUAGACCUCAAGAAUUAUCGAGUUUAUUCUCUUAUUUAAUAUAUUCUGAACUGUCUUGGAUUACUAGCAACCUUCUUUGGGUUUUACAGGGGGUUUUUUUCCUGUGCCUGAAGAUGUGUACCUCCAAAUCUCGGGAUCUCCUCAAGACAUCUGCAUGAUGCUAUUCACAGUAAUCAUUAUCUUUCUACACUGUGUGUGUGCAAAGUCAGAGAGCAUAGUAUGCUAGAGAGAGAGAGACAAAGGCUGACAAAGGCUACACGAGGCAACUUUUUGUGAGCAAUGUUGCUUGGGCACU